UCGCAGCCUCGAGACGGGCGGCUGCGCAUGCUCGGAGGCGCUGAGGUAGCGAGCGCGGAGGAGCCGAGGCGCCGGCGGCCCCUUUUCCCUUCCAGCCGCUGAGCGAGGCGGGCGGCGGUGGCCAUGGCUGAGGAGGAGUCGCUGAGGAAGCAGGCCGACCUGGUGCGGCGCCUGAAGCAGGACAAGGCCCCCCAGGAGGAGGUGAGGCGGGGCGGGGGGGUCCCUCAUAUUUCAGGCCGAAGGUGGGCGGGCGGGCGGCGCCUCCGGCAGAGGCUGCGGGAAGAGCGGCCGCCGCCGCCGCCGCCGCCUCCUUCCUUCCUUGCCUGGCCCUGUCAUUUGGGGCGCGGGCGGGGAGGCCUCCGAGGCGCUGACAGCCUGGAAGAAGCGACCCAGAGGUUUACGCGCAAGUCGUUAACGGGGGCGAAAAAGAUGGAUCUCUACAGGAUAGAAUAUAUACACAUACUGUAUACGUAAUUAGGAAACGGGGACCUUAUUAUUAUUAUUAUUCUAUGUUUCCCCCUGACAAGGUCUCAGACUGGACAUGUCAAAAUUAAUAGACCUGAUUUAUCACAGAAUUUUAGAGUGGGAAGGGAUUCCCCAGGUGUCAUCUAGUCCAACCCCCUGCAUUGCAGGAAUCUCGGCUAAAGCAUCCAAGGCAGAUGCUUAAAAGCCUCCAAGGAAGGAGAGUUUUCCUCUGUUUUCCUUUCUCCUUCCUCUCUCUCUCUCUUUAACAAGUGAGUUCUAACACACAUCAAUUAAAAUAAGCAAUUUGUAAAUGGAUCCAAACUGUUUUAAAGCCAUCUUAUACUGAAAGAUUUGUAUUUCGUAAAAUGAGCGUAGGAGAGAGGCUUCACCCACAGCAGAAUUUGCCGUUAUUGGUGAGUUUUAAUGGAUUGAGGAUGGUAUCAGGGUUAGAGUAUUACGCAUUACCAAACUUACUUAAGUAAAGCUAUUGUAUAAAUACGAAGUAGAUAAAAGCUGUGUAACUUGGAUUGAUUAAAAAAUGUUACCUUUCAGAUUGCAGAGCAGGUGGCAAAGCUGUUGGACAUGAAGGCAAAAAUAUGUCCUGAGGAAGACAGACCUAAGUUUGUCCUCAAGACACCAAAGGUAAACCUUUUAGCCCCAACCGUACUGUGAUAAGCACCAGUGCAUGGCAGAGCAGAAUUCCUUCAUGUACAGUACACUCUCAUUUUCUCAAGUGCGCACACACUUUUUAUGCAAAUGAAAGCUUAUGAGGGUUUAGGAAGACUGUCUUGUGGUUUCCAUUCUGAUGGCUCAAGUCAUGUCCUGGAAUCUAACAUGUCUUUCUCUCAGUGAAACUAUAGGUGAUUUAUUUGUUGCUCCUACCCCUGCAAAUUCUAGGUGUGUAUUCAGAAGUGAGCCCCACUCUCUUCUGUGGGUCUUGUUGUCUGGUAAAUGUACAUAGCAGGGGUGCGGAACCUAAAUCCUGUGAAUUGAAUGCAGUAUUUCAGUCCUCUUGGAUCUGGCCUUUUUUUAUACAUCCCAAGCUGCCCUCCUUCCUCAGGCUACACCCCUCACUGUGGAGUCCUAUAUACUCAAACUGGGAUCAGUUUUCUUUGAAGCCUCCAGCAAUAUAGGAAAUAUGAAAGGACUCAGACCCGAUGCUCCAUAAAUGUCCCUACAAGGUGUUAUAGCUUUAGCUGACCUUUUCUCAGUCUUUUCCAUCUUUACUAUUUGAGUUGAGGUAACCAGAACUGUACACAAUAUUCCAAAUGUGAUCUUACUGUAGAUUCAUACAACAGUAUUCUGAUAUUGGCAGUUUUAUUUCCAAUCCCUUUCCAAUCAUUCCUAACAUGAAAUUUGCCCUUUUUGCAGGUGUUGCACAUUGGGUUGAUUUCCACAUCAAGCUUUCCACUAUGGAUUGCAUCCAAAGCAGUGCCAGUAGAGCUCACUGGCACUUCCAUUUCCUCCCCUCUGCCCCAUGCCCUCCCAAAAUCUUCUCCAGAGAGUCCACCAACCUCCCAGAGGUGAUUUUGAGGACUGGGGGGGGGGGGCGCUACAGAAGAGAGGAGGAUUAAAUUACAUUCCACUAGUGCAUGCUUCUUUCAAAUAAAAAUAAGUAAUUUGCAGUCCAGUUUAGGAAUAGACUAGUUACUGUAUAGUUGAUUAACUUGCCAAUGACAGCUUUUAACCCUAUGGUUUCGUUAAUUUGGAACAGUGACCUGAUGACUGAAGUGCAUCUCCUGCUGCAACUUAUAUGUCAAGGGUGCUGUGAUUUGCUACUGGCAAUGCUAUCCCAUUCAUGUUUCACUGUGCUGUGCUUUGCUGUGCUGGUGCAGGAUGCAGACCUGAUCCAGGAAUAACGAAUAGGACACUGACUAAACUGGCCAUUUCUCCCUCUCUCACCAAGAUACCUUUCCUACCCAAGUCCGCCCUUUCCCAGUGCAGCUAGGCUACUUUAGCCGCAUAUAACAAAUACUUUGCACUGCUGCACCAAAUUCUAAAUGAGUUCAGAGGUUUAGCAUAGUAAUUAGCUGCAUUGCACCAGUGCAAGGGGACUUAUGUUGUAAUCUUCCUGCUUGUGCAGUUCUUACCAAACAGUAGGAUCCUAACUUUCAUGUAGUACUGAGUGGCCACUUUAUCUUCAAAGACCAUACGUUGUUGGAAUCAGUGCUGUGGCUUAUGGGACGGGGGGCUAUCCGGGUUCUUGCCCCAGGUGAAGCCUCCAGAAGGGCACCAUUGAGGCUCCCAUCCUGUGUGGGUGGGUGUACGGAAAUGCGGGUGGGAGAUGCCAACUCGGUCUUUGACCUGGAUGAAAUAAAGUCUAGUUUCGCCCCUGGUUGAAAUAGAAAACUGGGAUGUGUUGGCCUUGAAGAAAAUCUGCACCGGCCUUCUUCCAGGUAUAUAUCUGUUUAAGCAAAGAUAUGGAACUAUGGCUCUCCUGAUGUUCUUGUACUACAACUCCCAUCAUUGUAGGCCAUGCAGAUUGGGGCAGAUGGGAGUUGUGGAGUCCAGCAACAUUUGAAAGGCCACAGGUUGCCCAUUCCUGUCCUAAAGGAUCAUGUUCACAAUCUGGGUGUUUAUUCAUCCAGCACAAUCAUUAGACAAAUUCCAUCCACUUCAGCUGUUAUACCUGCUGCAACCAUACCUGAGUGGAGAUAGCAACCUUCUCAUUAGACUGUUAAAAUGCAUUGUUUGUGGUACUGCCCUUAAUUAUGGUUGGGGAACUGUUGCUGGUCCUAAACAGGACUGCAAGAUAACUGGGACAGGACAUUUUCGUCAUAUUAUGCUAGUGCUUUAUCAGAUGCACCGGCUCCCAGUCUGCUUCCAAUUCUGUGCCCUGUUUUGAUUUUAUCAUCUUGGGACUAGACUACCUGAAGGAUUGCCUUUCAUACAUACCUCCCUGAUCCUUCAGAUCCUUUUCUGAAGCUGUAUUCCAUGUGUUCCUAUCAAGGAAAGUGAACCAGAUGGCUGCUUGGAAGAGGGACUUGUUACAUCGACACCUCAGCUUCCAUUUUUUGUGGGUUUUUGGUGGCAUGUGGAAGACUUAUUUAUUUAUUUAUUUACCUAGCCUUUUAAAAAACAUCUUGCAUUUUUGAAAAAGUUACAUUUCACGUUAUAAUCUGAGCUGCUAGUAUGUUUUCAUUUUUCCACUUUUCAAAGGAUACUUUUUAAGGCUUUGUCUUUCUGUUUUGGAAUUCCCCAACAUCCUGUUUUUCCAAUAUGUUUUGGAACAGGAACCACCAUUCUCAUUUUGAUAAACGCUGCACUUGAACAGCACAAAGACUUUGAGGAAAGGGUGUUACCAACUAAUCUAGAAGACAUUGAACUUGUUUCUUUGGAUUUACUGUUGGCUUUUUUAAUUCUCCACUCAAAUCUGGAUGGGUUCUAGCUCCAUGACAGGAGGUUGAAUGGAGUAACUGAGAGACAAGGUUUUUCUAGACCAAGUCAUGCCAUCCCCUCCAGAGGUAGUUAUUGCACAGCUUUAUCAUGCUAGAUCCCAGAUUCUGCCCACUGACAUCUCUCUGAGGGGGCAGUGACCACAGCAGUUCUAUAUAUGACUGCCACACUGCAUAAAUUUAUCUGCCUAAAUCAGAGGCAGCCUGGUCCCAUCCAGCCAUGUUCAUCAGACAUUCUAAGGUAGACUGGUUCAUCUCUGCAGAAACAUCCUUUGGCAGGAGGUUGCUCCAGCAGGUUCUGUCACAGGGUUCUGCUCCAACCUUCUGGUGGGUACUGCUUUGUUACAUUCGUUUCUUGAGUGCUCCAGUCAAGAGGUUUCAUUUUCCUUAUAUACAGUAUUGUUCUUUAUUGAAAUUGGUUACUUUUUAAAAGUUAUGGCUACCACCUGGGAGGAAGGUUCCCUCCUGUUCCAGCUGGCCACUACCAUAGUUUUUAUAAACUUUGGCCCCUGCCUACCAGAAGAUGAGUUAAUCCUUUCCAAUAUGUUCUACUCUCCACUGACAAAAAAAACGCUUUACAGAAAUUCCUACUCUCCAUUUUCCAUUUACUGUAUCUCAGAUACAGCUGUUAUAAAAUCUUGCAGCCACUAGAGGAUGCUCUUGCACAAAUAACACACUGCUUCAUAAAUACUGUUUUUCCACACUGGGUUCUGAAAAAAAGACUGAAGUUCAGCAUGAUUGUGUGUAGGCGCACACUAGACUAGCUCAGAGACAUCCUGGCCCUUCGUUCUAAGUGUUCAGAGCCAUCAUUUUGUUUUUGGUUGGUAGAACUUAAGGUUCUAGUUUUUUAAAAGUCGGUACAUCAGGCCUGAAGCUUGUCUAUCCCUGCCUACUGUGCCACAAGCCUCUUCCUUGUUUUGGUUGUAACAGGCUAGUACAGUAUGGCAAUUGCUAGGUCAGAACUGGGUUGGUAAGAUCUGGAUCUGGAUACUAUCACAAGCAGCCACAUUUAAACCCCAGCUCAAUAUAAAAAUUCAUGUAGAAUGUAGUAAAGGUAAGAUCUAGUUUUCCUUGUUAAUUUGUUUCCUAGCUUAGUUGGCUUUUUAGGUUUUGAAGCUUGAAAACUUUAUGUUGAAUUCCACUUCCACUUGGAAUUCCAAAGUUUGGCACAGUUCCUUUGCCUUUGAUAACUGUUUAGAUAUUUACCCUCACAAAACAGAUUGCAACCUCAACUGUAACAUGUAGCAGUAUAAGAUUUUAAGAUUCUAAAUUAUUAAAAUAAAAACAAUGACAUUUUAAACCUGCAGGAAGGAAAACAAUUGCUGAUCACAGCAUCAUAAAACCCCAAAUCAAACUGGAGAAAAAUAGUUAGCAGACUAUUUUUAAUUAAUUUAGACUAUAUAAUAUAUAGUUGUUUUAAAGCUUUGCUGGUUUUAUAUACGAGUUACCUGCGCUUUAGUGUUGAUUUUAUAGUUUGAUUAAGCAUCUCAACUUUUUCAAAAUAUACACAAGGUGGCUUACAAGCAUGUUGAAUUGCUUAUUUGCAUUCUUAUCAGGAAUAGACCUCCACAUGUAGGUCUUCCACCCUAGAACAAAGUAACAGACUUCUUCCUUCUGACUGAUAUCUGUUUAGAUUUUGGCUGCCUUGUCAGGGGGACAAAAAGCAAGGCAGCUUAUAAGGGAAAUAAAAAUAUAAUAUUCAUGAGGAUCCUUCCCUUAGGGCCAUUGGUGGUAGAUGACCCUGUUUUGGGGUGGGGAGUUCUAGGGCAAAGUCAUAACUUUAAAACCUUUUCUUAAAUCACAAAUUCUUUUGCCUUUCUGCCCAGGUAAGAUCCUCCAGCACCAUGUUCUGGAAGAGUUGUCAUGGAAUUUCUUCCCAUUAUUGAGUGCUAAAAAUGGUGCACCACUUUGCCUACCUUCUCUGUUCACUUUGCCUGAACAUAGCAUGUGUUCAAGGGAACAGAAGUCCAUCAAGUUGUCUUCUGUUCUGGACUUUCAGGGUACCCGGGAUUACAGUCCCAAGCAGAUGGCAAUCAGAGACAGAGUCUUCAGCGUCAUCAUUGAUUGCUUCAAACGCCAUGGAGCUGAGACAAUAGAUACUCCAGUAUUUGAACUAAAGGUGAGAUGGGGCAGCAGGGGGAAUAGGGCAACUGAGGAAAGGUACUGGUAGAAGUGUCAAGCGUUAGUCCAGAAGUCAGACAUAGAUUUCAAGUUCUAAAACAUAAUAAUACCAGAAGGGGGAAUAAAGAAAUGUUUUAAAGAGCCAGUGUCACACUGAAUUUCCUUCCUGUGGAAUUACUUCCUAUACUUAGACUGCAGUCCUACACCGGCUCAGGAAUGUCACACUGAACCCAGUGAGACUUCUGGCUAGGUGUGUAUAGGAUUGCAGUGUCAGUUUUACAUUUAUUUAGUUUAUUAUUGUGUUGGUUUUUCUUAUAUACAUUUUGUAAGGGGCACUUUCAUAGGGAAGAAGAAAAGUUGGGUGGAAAGAAUAUAGAUUUUAUUAAGGUCCCUCUCCAUUUGCACCUUAAGAGCAAAUUAGCCUGAAUAUGCAUUUGUUUUGCCCUAUAAAAACCUAUUGCUUACCAUAACUCUUUACUUGCCUUUGAUUUAUUUUAUUUUUUCUACCCCUCUCUCCCACCCCUUACUUUUUAGGAAACUUUGACAGGGAAGUAUGGAGAAGAUUCCAAGCUGAUCUAUGAUCUGAAAGAUCAGGGGGGAGAGCUCCUAUCUCUUCGCUAUGAUUUAACUGUAUCCUUAAAUCCCAUGCUCCUUGCUUGGGCAGAAAACUGCUCUUCAGCAGACGAGGAACAUCUGCACUUACUCUAAGUAGAUUCAGAAACUUUUGGAACAUCAUUUUGAUGGCACAAUUCUUUUUUAAAAACACACAAAUUUUUUGUUUGUCACUUUGUCACAAGCAUGGAAACAGGCAACGACGUGUAAAAAGGUAAUAAGUGUACGUUGGGUCAUGCAGACUAGCAGGUUUUGUACAAUCCUAUUUUUUGAAAGAGGAGGUCACAGUUGAUGCUGAAUCACAGGAACCAUUGUUGCUCUCAAUUUUUAGGAGUAUUUGCAUUUUUUAAAAAAAUGGUGUGCCUCAUUUAAAGAAGUAUAAGCUUUUCAAAAGUGAAUGUGCACCAUUGCGUCUAUUCAUUUACCCAUCUUGUUCUUUUUGCCUUCUGAUGUCAGCUAGCAGAUGCCAAGUCAUUUCUUCAGCUCAUUUCAACCCACUAGAUCAAAUGCAUCCAGUAGUAUAGGUUGAAUUAUAUACAUUAGGAUUUUAGAUGUUUUCCUUAGCCUUCUCUUCUCAGGUUCCGUUUGCUCGUUUUCUGGCUAUGAACAAAAUUACCAAUAUUAAACGUUACCAUAUUGCUAAGGUCUACAGGCGGGACAACCCAGCCAUGACAAAAGGCCGAUACAGAGAGUUCUACCAGUGUGUGAGUAUCUGUAGGAUGGCCUUAAAGUGUAUAUGGCUCUUAACUGGUUUCCUGCUCGUUCCUCCCUUCUCAUUCUGCAUAUAACAUUUUUGCUCUACUUCCUUCUCCCAGUCAGCUGGUGCCUUUCCCAUUUCCCCCUGUAGUUGGCUGUCAUGUCUUUCUCAUGCCUGAAUUGCUUCCAGAACUUAAAAUACAGUAAUGUAACACCCUGAGUGUUUUGUAGUUAUCCUCAACCCCCCUGGCCUUUUUCUACAGGAACACUUCCAUUGAUUCAGUGAAAGCCUGGUGAAAAUACCUUAAAGGUAGUGGGACACACAAGUAAUUGUUUUCAUUUUGACUGACGAACUAUAGGAGGACCUGGAACAGCUGCCUAAAAAGAUGUAGUCACUAUAGUGGCUAGGCUGUCAACUGACAAUCAGCUGCUUCAGGAAUGGAGGGAAGGGCUGCCUUACAGAAAUAAGGGAAAGAUCACUGCCUGGAGGGAGAAGGUGGAAAACUCCCUGUAGCACAGUCUGUGGUUUCCUCUCCAGAUUUCCUUUAUUCUAGAGUUUAUUGGAGUUCUACGGUUCUUUUGUUUUUGAGUGCAUUCAGCCAUGAAAUCUCACAGCAGGAAACCUGGAGAACACUUAUAAGUGGACUCAGGGGCAGUAAGUCAGGGGUGGAGCAAGCAGAGCCAAACAAGCAAGCAAGCCCCUCACCCCAUGUUGUAGUACUCUGUUCAGGCAUAAUGUCUGAACUGGGCUUUUAUCUCCUUUCUGUUGAUAUGCUACUUUGUAUGUUCAUAAAUGGUGCUGUAUGAAUGAUACACUGCUGUGCCUACAUGCUUGUUUACCGGCUGCCACCAAAGUGCAGUUAACUGACACUUUGUCUUAAUUUGUCUGCAUACAUUCACUAUGCUUUCUCAGCCUUGAUUUGCCUCAACAUUUUGUAAUCAUCUUUGGCACCUUUUUAUAUUUGUGGGUACCUUGAUAUGAUUAAAGAUACUUGAAUGUGUGCCUUGUUCCAAAUCCCAAAUGACUGACAAUCCAUGCUGCUAUUAUUUUUUACAUUUCUUACCUGCCCUUCACCAUAGAGUUCCAAGGCAGGUUACAAGAAUAUAAAUAUACAAUGUUAAAAUUGGUUUAAACGACUUAACUGCCUUACUGUGCUGUCAAGACUUGGGGAAGAUGUGAACUAGGUAUCGCGCAACCUAUGUGUCUGUCACUCAGGUGGAUGCUUUAUGCUUUAAGGAUUUUCACAUCUGCAAUUUGUGCCCCAGGAUUUUGACAUUGCUGGCCAGUAUGACCCCAUGAUUCCUGAUGCGGAGUGUCUGAAGAUUAUUCAUGAGAUCCUGAGUGCCCUACAAAUAGGAGCAUUUGUUAUCAAGGUGAGAACAAGUCUAGAAAUCUAGAGCAGUUUUAUCCAGAAUGUACACAAAAUACUAUUCUAUUGAUUUAAACUUGUCCUUUGCUGUGAACAUAAAAUGAGAAACACAGUUGGUUUUGUCUUAAUUUUUCAGUAUAUUUUCAUUGUGCUUCCUCAAAUUUGAUUAGAAAUAAUUUAUUUCCCCAGCUUUUGCUGCUUUUUCCUUAUUUGUAUUUGCAGGUCCCUUACCAGAAUUGUCCUAGUAAACAUAAAUCACUUACAUUGUAUAUAUACCUUGAUAGACUAUAGAUAGACUGUUGAUAGGCCAUAGAUUGUUUAAUUAGCCAAAGGCAUGGGAGAAGAGGAAUGUUUUUGCCUGGUGCCUAAAGAUACGUAAUGAGCUUUCCUGGGGAGAGCAUCCCACAAGCAGGGAGCCACUGCAGAAAAGGCCCAUUUCAGAGUUAGAUUGUUACUAAUUAUCUCAAUGCUGGUGUCUUCUCCAUACUGUAGAAAGAAAGAGGAGGGCUGUGUUCAGUUCUGCCAUGAGUGAGAUAAUGUUUCCACAAGAUACAUGUGCACAUGUAUCUCCUAUUGAUUUCAGUUUCAGUACUUCAAUACCAACUCCUAUUGGUUUUCAGUUACAGUAUUUCAGGGACCUUCCCCCUCCCAAAAAAAAAAAAAUUUACUUAGCUUUCUUGAGGGAGGAAAGUGAGCCAGAGCAGCUGCCCAUCCAACGGCCUCAUCUUUCCCCUGCCCCUCAGAGGUAAUAACAUGCAGAAGCAUGAACCAUGAGUUGCUACUUGGAAAAAAAAUUUCAAUUUCCCUGCAGGUCAACGACCGUCGUAUCCUUGAUGGGAUGUUUGCAGUAUGUGGAGUUCCAGAGAGCAAAUUCCGGUCCAUCUGCUCUGCUGUGGACAAGCUAGACAAGGUAAGGACAUCAGGAUAAUAAAUACUGUUUUUACCAUGGCUCAAGUGUUUGGUAAACAUGGAAAGACAUUGACAUCCCACUGCAUUUCCCAUGGUGUGACCAUAGAGAAAAUAUCAAAGUGUAUGAUAAAAAGAAAGAAAGUAAGAAAAAGUUGGGCACCUAAGGCUACCAGAAGACGUUUUUGGUCCUCCCUCAGAACUACAGUGUGUUGGGGGCUGCUGGCUGGGUCUAGGAAGCCAACGCUUAUGAUAAUAAGAGAAAAGAGGGUCUUCAAGGCUUCCUAAGAACUUUCCUUGUGGGUACAGCAUUGAAUAUUACCCCUCACCCCUUUUCUGAAACCCUGCUCCUUGAGAAUGAAACUGAUACUGGAUUGCUAUUUAUGAGUGGCAGAGAAACUAUCAAGUCCGGAAGAAGUUGACACAUAUGCAGGAGGCGGAGCUUUUGUUUUUUGAAAAACUUUGGGGGGGAAUUUAUUGGGUUUUAUAAGCAAGGAUCAUAGGAAUAUUACUAAUAUCUACUAAUAAAUAGACCAAGCCUUCUCAUGCCAUUUGUAUAUCACAAAAAUAGCAUAAUACGUUUGCAGUGAUAUCUACAGCACAUGGUUCAUUAGUGAUCAGUGUAUAAGUUCUUGUUUUGUAAAUUCGUUUAAACAAAAAGAGGAAACAGGAUAGAACAGUUUACAGAUAACAUUCAAUAUUACAUAACUAAAUGCAUAAUCAUGAGCCAUAGUGGUAGUGGGGUACUUUUUAUUUGCUUCUGUUUUUUUUGGCACGAUCCUGCAACUGGGAUCAGUGGACAAUUUCCCAUUAGGCUGACCUUGAGGGUUUUUCUUUUUUAACCCUCGGAAAUAAGGUGCUUAUCAGUGCUCAUAUCUUGCAGACUAAUAUUUUGCAAUAGCUAUACUGUGUAUAUCUUGGUAUAAUAAAGUUUUCAGAUCAACACUCAUUCUAUAAUUACUCUUUUAAUUGCUCCAUUAACAUUAGUCUAGUAUUUCAUGACAACUUGAGAUGUCCGCAGUUUAAAGUUACUCUUUCUGUCUUCUUAAGAUCCCACAUGCUGGGAGUAAUGAGUAAUGAUUACCUUGACUUCUUAGCUUAACUGCUCAGUUUGUGGAUCUGUUUUUGUCCUAUUGAAAUGCUUGGAUUGCCACAUCACACUAUUUACCUCUUCAAAGGACUGUCAUUCAAAUAUGGCAGACCCAGGUUAGCACACAGAGUUCCACAUGCAAUAAAAAGGUAAAGGGACCCCUGACCAUUAGGUCCAGUCAUGACCGACUCUGGGGUUGCGGCGCUCAUCUCGCUUUAUUGGUCGAGGGAGCCGGCGUACAGCUUCCGGGUCAUGUGGCCAGCAUGACUAAGCCGCUUCUGGCGAACCAGAGCAGCACACAGAAGCGCCGUUUACCUUCCUGCCAGAGCAUGCAAUAGUACACACUUAAUAAGGCCAAGGCAGAAUGCUAACAUUAUUUCAUUUUUGAAUUGUUUCCUGUGGAAAGGAUAGGUUCCAGUACAUGUAUCACAAAUCCCAGGUGUCUAGUUAAUUUGCACCACAACAAUAUUUUGCUUUCCCUGCUCCUUUUUUUCAAAUUAAUGCAAAAUUAAGUGUGGGUAGGAGCAGGGAAGCCCUGCUCUCAACAGUUUUGUGUGAUGAAGGAUCUUGCUAUAUCAGGAUCCCUGAUUGCAAGUAGAAGCUCUAGGCACACCUUCCCUGUGCAACAUAAGGAAGGUCAGGGACUGGGCAGGGGAGGGGAGUGCAUGUUUCGAGGCAGAGCUUGUAUAUGUACUCCUGGCCCUAUACUCACUAUAGCAAAUGCCUGAACCUGUCUUAUGUGUAUCUCCCAUCAAAUGAGGCACUUUUUCUGCAGUAAUGCUGUUGCUUUUAUAUUGCACACCACCCUUCAGGGACUGUGUAGAAUGUUCUGGAGAUGAUUUUCUCAUUUGUAGUCAAUAGGGGUUUGAAAUAUGGAGAGAAGUCCCAUGGAAUCAGAAUAGAAAUGAGACAAGGAAAAUGCUUCUUAUAAGGCUCUUAUAAGUGGUUUAAAAAAACCUGGAUAAAUGACUUGUUUAAACAUUAAGAGACCAUAUAACUCUAAUUCUGUACACAGAUGGCUUGGGAUGAUGUGAGAAGUGAGAUGGUUGGAGAGAAGGGUCUCUCGCCAGAGAUUGCAGAUCAUAUUGGUGAAUAUGUUCAGCUUAGGGGUGAGUAUGAAAAAGGAAAGCUUUGUCAUUCUUAUUCUGAGGCAUGUGGGCUUGGGAUCUCAUGCUCAUGCAAUCCAUCUAGCUGCUGUUCAAGAUAGUGUUUAAUCUCUGUGACACAGAAAGGGAUGUUGUGUUAGCACCAAUGCAUACAUGACUGAGUGGGGGAGGGACAGAGAACAGGAAAUGAUGCUGUUUAUUCUCUUGUAUUUCCGUGGACACAUUGCAGGGAGAAGGGAAGUAUAUCUCCAUACUGAUCAAAAGAGAAGCACAAUCCAAAGUCUGGAAGCAAAAAGCACACAGGCCAUUGUAUUUUCCUGUAAGGUCAUCAUGUCUAACUCGGCACAUAGUCUGAAAUACCAGAGGGGUGGUCAGCCUCCUCACCCCCUCUGGAGAGUCCUGGCAAUUGAGGCUAAAGCACUUAACUGAUGGGGAAAGGAGUCUGGGUUUAACUUUCAAGUGUCCAAAAUUCUAUUAACCUAAGUAUCGCCAUAUUAAAACAGAUACAACUGCAUCAGAUGAGAGAAGUGAGAAAGAACUGUUGAGCUGGGUUGGCAGGAGAUGGUUUUCUGUCGGUCCUGAUGCAUAUUUUGCAGAGGAUAAUACGUACCACAUGUAUCACUUCUGCAGGUGGGCUGAGUCUGAUUGAGCAGUUGCUCCAAGAUCCAAAGCUGUCACAGAACAAGCUGGCUAGGGAAGGCCUUGAAGAAAUGAAGCUGCUGUUUGAGUACUUGACUAUUUUCGGCAUUUUGGAGCAAGUGAGUGAGGGCAGUGCAAUUCUAAUCCUGGUCUAUCUAAUCACCUGUGUGUUUCUGACCGCUAAGGAGGUUCUGAUCCUGUUUUGCAGGUUUCCUUUGACCUGAGCCUGGCUCGUGGCUUGGAUUACUACACUGGAGUAAUCUGUGAGGCUGUUCUCCAGCAAAGUGACCAAACAGAUGAGUCUGUUAGUGUGGGCAGCAUAGCUGGAGGUGGCCGCUAUGAUGGCCUAGUAGGGAUGUUUGACCCCAAGGGACGGAAAGUGCCUUGUGUUGGAUUCAGCGUUGGCAUUGAACGGAUCUUCUCCAUCAUGGAACAAAAAGUGGCGGUAAGGACUGCUUGCUUUUCCCUUUCUCAAGGUUUGGUUAGCUCACAACAAAACAACUACAAGCUCUGUCAGUUUUGGAGUCUGUGGCCAUGUGACUCUCAAGAGCUUUUAAGUACACUGUAUAUUUCGAGAGACUUUUUACAUCAACUAAAGUUGUCAUGUGAGUACCUGCUCAUCCAAAAUGUUGAGGAAUAUAUCCAUUAUUGGAGGAACUUAGCUGAACAACAUAGUUGUAGACAUACCAAGCUGACCCCCUAGUUCCUUUACACAAGUAUUUAAGGGAGUGGGGGCUAAAUGAGAUUUGUAUCAGUGUCUCAAUGGAAUGGGGACAGAGUUACGUAUAUGCUUAAACUCUCUCGAAAAGACAGAAUGUGGAAGAGGUUACUCUGUAUGCCAGGGUACAGAGUCCCAAACUAGAAAACUUUAGAGGGAUAAACUUCUCCACAAAAUCACUUUGCAUGGAAAUACAAAGUGAAAAACGUAAUUCAGUUCAGAGGAUACAUUACACUUGCACACCAGCUUUUUGAAGUUCUUUGAGGGUAUGUACAAAUAGAACAUUUUCUCUUAUGUUUGGUAAAGGCUGUUCUCCAACUGGAGUGCUCGCAGGCCAGUGUUUCCCAGUUGUCAGUGUUUAUACUACAUUUUUUUAGAUUUUCCUUGAGACAGUCUUUAAACCUCUUUUGUUGACCACCAGCAUUACGCUUUCCAUUUUUAAGUUCGGAAUAAAGUAGUUGGACGUCGAACUCCCAAGAGACUGUGAUCUACUCCUUGGGGGGGGGGGACUGGCAGUGAUCUACCCAUUUUUUUAGGGGGGGCAGACCAGCAGACCAAAGUUGUUGACCUUUUUUAAAACAGUAAGUGUCCAGGAUUAAAAUAAAUUGCUCACCAACAACACAGCCACUAACAGACGAACACAGCGCUACAGGAAACAACAAAGGAACGAUCACUAAACGCGAUGCAGGGAAAGACCGAGGGGGGAGGGGGGCAGAGAUAAGGCUCCGGGGAUCAUCCAGGGAUCAACCUGUUGAUCGUGGUUGAUGGGUUGGACACCCCUGAUCUACAGGUUUGCUAUAAACACAUCUUUCUCUAAUGCACAACAGCACCUGUUUGCCUGCUGUAGUACCAAGGGUAGCAUAGUUCUGCAGUACUGUUGGAAUGGUUCAGUAGUCUAUUGCACGGUGCAAUAAGCUCAUGUAACUACUUGAAAUCGUCUGGCAUACAUGAAUUUUGGGAUUCUCUUGUUAGAGUGCUUCUAUGUAUCUUUUUCAAACCUCUGUCUCCACCUUCAGGCUUCUGAGGAAAAGAUCCGGACAACCGGGACCCAGGUGCUCGUGGCGUCUGCUCAGAAGAAACUCCUUGAAGAGAGGCUAAAGCUUGUUUCUGAGCUGUGGGAUUCUGGGAUCAAGGUGCAAAUGCAGUAUAUAAGGGGUUGGGCCCAAAAUAGGGGUCAUAGAAUUGGGGGUGGGGAGAAGGGGAGUUAUUUCUAUUCCUCUGUCUUUGUCACGUGGCAGGAAUGAAUAAUAGGAAUAGGGGUAUGUUUGACAGGUGGGGGGACCAGACCUUCCUACACACAUUCACAUGGGCAUAGCCAGGAUUUUUGUUAGGGGGGCAGAACUGACGUGAUUGGUCAGUUAGUUAAAUAUUUCUAUUGUUUUACUUGAACUGGGGGGGCAGUUGCCCCCCCCCCCGGCUACACCCAUGCACAAUUCACCCUCCAUUCAAGCAGCAAAAAAUAAUAUUGCAGUUCAAAGCACUUCCAAAGGAUGAGGCACCUAGAGAAAGGUAUUUGAGGAUGGGUGUGGCCUGGGGCCGGUGCUUAGCUGUGGCAAUGUAGCUGUGUGAUUUGCCCUGUAGUUAAUUAAAUAGCCUAAUACUUCAUCCUAAAAUAGUUAGAUGAAUUUAUAUUAUAUACCCUUCAUUUUUUUAAAAAAAUGUAAAAUCCUGCUAGAUCUGCAGCCUUAACUGAAACAUGCAGUGGGUGAUGACUUGGACUUUGUAUAGUCUUAAUUAAGUUUGCAUUAUGAGGAUCGUUAUGUUCUGCAAUAAGGGAAUCUGGGUGUUGGUUGCAAUAUAUUCCUUGCAUUUAGAGGCAUCUGCCAGUAGCAAGUGUAUAGCACAACAGGCUUCAGUCUUUCUAUCAUCAGGAAAUAGUAUUUGCAUCAUUACUCCUACCAAGAACCCCCUAAAACUGCCAUGGAAAGCCAAUGUGUUGAAGCUUCUGGGUACGUUUGAUGGGGUCAUGAUUGGUUCACACGGGUCAUUGGUCAAGUCUACUGAAUUUCAUGUGGGCUAACAGUUUGCCCUAGGAAACACAUUAGGCAUACAUUUCCAGAUUGCUGGGGAGGAAUGGGAAUGAUGAAUAGCCUCUUUUUAGAUAAGCCUAUGUGCAAUCAGUGUUCUUUUCAUUGAGAAAAACUGGAUAACUUUCUAAAUGGUCCCCCAACACCACAGUUUGCAACCUACUUGCAAAGAACAGUGGAGGUUACUCUGUCUUGGCCUACUAACUUUUUUUCUCUGCUUUUUAGGCAGAGGUGCUUUACAAGAAGAACCCCAAACUAUUGAACCAGUUGCAGUACUGUGAGGAGACGGGAAUCCCUCUUGUUGCCAUCCUGGGAGAGCAAGAGCUAAAUGAUGGAGUGGUCAAACUGCGAGAUGUAGCUACUAGAGAAGAGGUACUCAUGGCUCUUCAUCUUAGGUUUUUGCAAAGAGAAAGUCUCUGAGGGUAGAAAUAUAACUAAUGUCCAGCUAAAAGCAGGAGUAAUUUCAUAAAAAAUUGAAUUCCUUUGUCUUAUUAGCCAGAAGGGCUCUGCAUACAACAUAAAACUAUAUCUGCACAAACGUAAAUGUAUUUAUUACAUUUAUAUUAUUCUCCCCACUUCAUUUUAUCUUCUCAACAAUCCUGUGAGAUAAGUUCAACUGAGAGACAGUGUCUGGCCAGUUAUCACCCAUUGAGCUAUAUGGCGGGAGCAGAGAUUUCAGUCUAGUCCAGCAUUAGAACAACUGUAUCACACUGGUUCUCAAGUGUUAUCAGGUCUGCCCUGGGGUCACAUUUAGUGUUCUUGUUGUUUGCUACUACUCAGGCUCACUGAUGCUAUUCAGUUAAGUCUUUCAAAGGCAGGAGAUAAGAAGUCGUAAGAUUAGAGAAGUCUAGAAUAAGGUGUGAAUUAUCUAAUCCGAGGAUAAAGGAGCUCUUACUGGCUCCUUUGUAUUGAAUGAGGUACAUCACACUUUAUUCUAAUUUAAGCAAUUACAACUUGUUUUUCAGGCCAGUUCCACAUAUAUUUUGGAGACAUCAAUACAUUCCUUGCUAACCCAAUAAUUCAAAUGUUUGUUUUUCUUUCCUGCUCUUGUUUGGCCAGCCACAGCAGCUAUGUUGGGUAACAGAAAGCCAAGGGAACUGCUUAACAGUUCGAGAAUACAGUGGUGCCUCGCAAGACGAAAAACCCGCUAGACGAAAGGGUUUUCCGUUUUUCGAUGCGCUUCGCAAGACGAAUUUCCCUAUGGGCUUGCUUCCCAAGACGAAAACAUCUUGCGAGUCUUGCGGGUUUUUUUCACUUUUUCCCCCCUUUUGCUAAGCCGCUAAGCCGCUAAUAGCCUUUUAGCCGCUAAGCCUUUAAUAGCCGCUAAACCGCUAAUAGCGCUAAGCCGCUAAGCCGCUAAUAGGGUUACUACUCAAGACGAAAAAACCGCUAGAUGAAGAGACUCGCGGAACGGAUUAUUUUCGUUUUGCGAGGCACCACUGUACAAACUAUAUGGGAACCUAGAUAUUACACACUUAAAGUAUAUAUUUAUCAUAUGCAUUCUUGCUUAAUCUCACAACUAACUUCAUCCAAAUGCACAAAUACGUCUGUCUGACCACUUUUCCAUCCUGCCUUCCUUGCACCUGUACUGGUGGUGUUGCCAGUGACUGUUUCAUAGGGCAGGACAAGGUGAAUCGUGCUCUUGAAAUACUGCAGUACUGAAAGUGGAGUGUAUGUUCCAUUUGAGGAGUAAUGGUUCUUAGCUACAGAGCAAGGAAAUACGACUAAUUUGGCUUAUCUUGUGAACUUGCCAUUUAAAUUGUUUAAGCAUGGCAAAACCUCCUGUUUCCAAAAAAAGGACAGGGGGAGGAGGUCUGAUCUCUGCAUUGCUUUUAAUUGAUCUAUGAGACAUGGAGGAGAGGGAAAAAGAAAAGGCAACAAAACUUGCUUCAACUUUGUUUGGAGGGCAGAUUUCCACCUCCCCCUUCCUCUGUCUAGGAUUUCUCUCUCACACAGUUGCAAAACCACAGGAGAUCUUAUCUUGCUAGGCUCUGCCUAAACACCCCCCCCCAUUCUGUGACAUCCAAGAAAAAGCAAUGUAAAAGCAGUCAUUCAAGGCGCAUAUAGACUUGAAUAGUGUCAAAUAUUAUGGCAAAUGAGGGAGCCAGCUGAGGACUUGAUAAACCUUCUGCUGUCAAGUUGCAAGCAAUCUGCAACUUUAAAGGGAUAGAAAAAUUGCAAAUUCAAUUUAAUAGAGCAAAAGGUAGCUAGAGGGGUGGUUUAUUAUAACACAGAAUACACUGGCCUGAUUCACAUGUCAAAGGAAGUCAAACUCUUGGCUUGUUCUUGGGUAUAGUUGGUGAUUAGGGAGCAGAGAGACAGCUUAACCACCAUGACAGGCUAAGCCAAAGCUUCGCUUAGCAAAGGCUUGAGGUGCAGCAAAGUGGCUCAGCAAGCUCUCUUCUGGGAGCCCACACAGUUGCAUGGCCCCAGUAAGGCAUAGCUGGGCUUACUAUAUUGUACAAACUAAGCCAUUGUGUUGGGGGAUAUUUCAGUAGGCUGUUGAGGGGCGAGUGCACUGGGGAAGGGAGUGAGAGACAAGUGUUUUGUAGCUUACUCAUGUUUCUGCUUUGCAGGUGAAUGUUCGCAGAGAAGGAAUUAUUGAGGAAAUCAAGAGACGAACGUGUCUUCCCUAGAGGUUUUCACUGGAUUCCCUUGGGAAGAUUUGCUGAGACCCAAAACAUAAUGCUCGUUUUGCUCAUAAUACAUCCUUGGACGUGGGGGGGGGGCGGUCCUCAAAGCUGUAUUUAUUUUACCAUGAAGCUUCUUUUCACUGGAUUUGAGGAGUGACAGGACAUUAUUUUAUUUUAUUUUUAAAGUUGCUCCUAUAAAAUAAUUCAAAAGAACCUUUGAGUUGUUUUCUAGGGAACGCCAUCUGCUCUGUGAGCAUCUUGGUGUUUACACAGGGAGAGUGCAUGACCCUUUAAGCAUUCUGGUCUAUGCACUCUCCCUAUUCUGACUUCAUCUGUCAGCAUUAUAUUAAUAAAGCUUAUUACAACCCCAUGC